AGGCGCCAGUUGGUUCUGUCAUCAUUCGACCACCAACGUCAGGCUUUGAGCUCGAGCGUGCUGAGACUUACGGCAAUGUGGGCCUUUUGGGUGGUGAUUUUAUGUCUCAUAUCUCUCCGUUGUGCUUAUUGCUUGGACCGACUGUCUUGUCGUGGAGCCAGUUCAUCUCAAUUCGCUCAGAAGACUGAUUCUGCCUCGUUCAUGCUUGAUGAAGCUGCCUCUGGCGACGAAACUGGAAUGUGCCGCUUGUCAACGACGUGUUGCUCUGCAACAGCAGAGAAGGCGCUAGAACGUUACAGCCGCACCGAAUUGUUCAGUGACAUAGUCGCCACUCACACAUAUAUGAGACGAUCGUUCACUCACUUCGAAACAACGUUUCAAGAACUGUAUGAUUACUUGCUUGACAACAGCAAAACUAACGCCUUGAGGAUCUUCAAUCUUGUUUAUAAGGAGCAUUUCAAGGAUCAACGCAUCUUUGAUAGUCUUUAUGCUGCUGCGAAAGGGUUUUACAGAUCUCCAGGCGAGAAUCAAGUGCAGAAAGCGUUACAGGACUUAUUUGAUCAGCUGUUGCUUGAGACUUUUAAAGGAUCCCAUAGUUCACCAAAUGCUGCAUUAAGCAAACAGUACAAAGAUUGUUUAUUGACUGCAAAAAAAGAAAUGGAUAUAUUUGGUGAAGAAGAUGAUGCUACUGUGAGGCAGUUGAGGAGAGCUCUGAACUCUACAUCUGUUUUUCUGAUUGCAGUUCGGACUGCUGGUAAAGUGCUGGACAGCUUUCUUGGGCUUAAAUUCAGUGACAGUUGUAUUCAUGAGUACAUGAAAAUGCAUCCUUGUUCAUUGUGUGGAGGAUUUCCUGAAGGAAGGCCAUGUCUUGGGUUGUGUAUGAAUGUACUUUCCAUGUGUAUUGGUGACAUAUCUCAAUUAAAUACUGCUUUCGACAAUUAUCUGAAGGCUACAAUGGAUAUGCUCACUGAGAUGGAGAACACUAGCCCUGAUACCUUAAUAGGUGACCUUGGAUCACAGCUUUCAUUUCUUGUAAUGGAAGUAUACAAUCAGAUUAAACCUGGAAGUGCAUAUGGUAAUAAGAUUAUUCAACUUUGUGGCAACAUUCCCAAUGAUAAAAGGAGACGAUCUCCAGAAGUGUUGGUGGUCAAUCAAGGGGCACCUAUUCCUGCUCCAAAGAGUCCUCCUUUUGAUAUGGAUUUAUCUAUACAGUUGGCUUUUGCAAAGGAGAUAAUGAGUCUGUUUCAGUCCUCUCUUAAUGACACAACAAGUGACAUUUGCCUUCGAGAAAGUGCACAGUUUGGAUCUGGUUGUUGGAAUGGAACUGAUUUUGACAGAUAUGUCGGAUCUGAUGUCACUUUCCAAGCACAAGUUGAUCAUCACAGGCAGAGAGCUUUACAGAGACUGAUAAAACCAUUGCAGAAAGUUACUGGAAUGAUGCGAAAAUGGAAUUCUGUGGUGGAUUGGGUAGUGGCGGUGCCCAAUAAUGAUGCUACUGUUGAUACUGGUGCAUUAGAUCAGCCUACUGCUAUUGACAACGAGACUCGGUGUCCAGAAGAUGAUGAAUGUGACAAUGGAAGUGGACAUAUUGAUGGUUCUGGCUCAGGUGAAAGGCCAGCUAAUGGUGAUGAUUUACCUGGUGAUAAUGAUGAGGAUAUAACAACAGAAUCAAUGGAGAACCGGGCAACACAUGGGCCAACAGAAACGACCGUACGUGGUGGUGCUCAAAGCUAUCAGUUUGUACUGACAGCAGUCAUGACAUUAGUAAUCGUAACUUCAGUUUAUGCCUUCUAGUUUAGGGCUAGGACAUACAGAUGUAGUAUAGCAGUGGUUUGAAGUAACAGGAGUAAGAAAUUAGGAAAACGUCAGAGGACAGUUUGCGGUCAAGAUUUAGAUUGGAAUUCAGAUUUAAGCUUUUGUUCAGUGAUUUAGUUGGUUCAUUAUAAAAUAGUUUAGCUGGUUCAUUAUAAAAUAGAAAGGUAUGUUGUUCCUACAUUA